AUGGUUAGAUUCAGUAUUGUAUGCACUGUAGGCGACUCCCUGCGUCUAGGAACACUUACAGACAAUUCACAUAAAAUAAGUCUUAACACCCCAGGGUGUCUUCUGUAUACAAGAUAUGGUACUGUUCCUUUUCUCUCACCCGAUGUCUAUGAAGAAAUCGAUUUGAUACCUGGAUUCUCUUUCGCUUCCAUGAACUAUGUAGCGCAAGCUAGCUUUAAUGAAAUUUGGCCAUGGUCUUGCAGAAUUUGCUGGUUGGGAAAACGUGAAGCUUUCCUGUUUCAGUCUGAUCCAACGAGUUUGUCGUCUGUUGCAGCUAUCAGCAAAGACUCCGUCCCAGUUUGGGCAACUGGUGGUCGCUUACAACUGUCCAUUACAGAGUACGCUAAAUGUGUUUUAGCUGCCUCUCCGAUAGCAUACCAAGCACCGACAGAUAACGAAACAUUUCUAGUAGAUGUUAAUCCAAAAGCAAAACGAUGUAAAAAUUCUGUGACAAGAACGACAGGUUACUUAAAGAAAUUGGUUGAAGAACGCUUGUCUCGUGAGGAAUUAGCGAAGACAUCUUUGUUGGUAUCUAUCGCUGGUGGUCAUGAUCUCAGUUAUCGUCUUCAGUCGGUGGCGGAAACAGAUUUCUCUUUUUGUUCAGGUGUAGUGAUCGACGGUGUACUUCAAAAUCUACCAGUAUCUUCAAUUCCUUUCAAAGAUUAUGAUAAUAAUACUAAAAGUUUAAGAGAAUUUUUGUCCAUCACUUUGCCAAAGAUAUUUGCGCAUAUUCCAAAUCAUCUACCUCGUAUCAUUACUCAAAUAUGGCAACCGUAUGAUAUUGCCCUGGCAACUCGUUCGGGUUGUGACUUAUUCGAUGGUAGUCUACCCUAUAGACUAAGUCGUAGUGGAAUUGGUUGGAUAUAUACGGAUUGGAAUGAUGAUGAUGAUGAUGAUGGUGAUAACCAGUUGAUUGAUAUAUCGAAACCUGGAUUUCUAGAAUUCCCAUUAAAACAACCCUAUACUGAUGAUGAACAGUUCUCACCUAUACAACCUGGAUGCCAAUGUUUUGCAUGUUGUCAUCAUACACGUGUAUACAUAUCACAUUUAUAUACAACUCAAGAAAUGUUGGCUCCAAUGCUUUUAAUGAUACAUAAUUCUCAUCAAUAUUAUCGUUUCUUUGCCGAUCUACGUCGAUCUAUAUCGUUGAAUAAAAUUGAUACAUUUGUUAAUUAUGCAUCCAAUUGGCAUUUUCCUUAUAGCCUAGUAACUGUUGAUAAAACGAAUGAGUUCAAUAGUACAAUAAAUACAGAUGAUGAUUUAUAA